GCCGAGGCGGUGCUUCUGCCGCUCCGCCUCCCCGGCGCCGCUGCAGGAAGCCGGAAGCGGCCGGGGGCGCUGGGCAGGCGGGGCGAGAGGCGGCUCGGUGAAAAAGAAAACUGUCUAAUCAAAGAGCAAAGAUGCAGAGCACUUCAAAUUACCUUUGGCUGUUGUCUGACAUUCUAGGACAGGGAGCUACUGCAAAUGUUUUCCGGGGACGACAUAAGAAAACUGGGGAUUUAUAUGCUGUCAAAGUAUUUAACAGCAUAAGUUUCCUUCGUCCUGUGGAUGUUCAGAUGCGAGAGUUUGAAGUAUUGAAGAAACUAAAUCAUAAGAACAUUGUCAAAUUGUUUGCCAUCGAAGAAGAGACAACGACUAGACACAAAGUACUAGUUAUGGAGUUUUGUCCAUGUGGGAGUUUAUAUACAGUUUUAGAGGAGCCAUCUAAUGCCUUUGGUUUGCGAGAGUCUGAAUUCUUAAUUGUUUUGAGAGAUGUGGUGGCUGGGAUGAAUCAUCUCCGGGAGAAUGGAAUAGUGCACCGUGACAUCAAACCAGGCAAUAUAAUGCGUGUUAUAGGUGAAGAUGGUCAGUCAGUUUACAAACUUACAGACUUUGGUGCUGCAAGAGAACUCGAAGAUGAUGAACAAUUUGUUUCUCUCUAUGGCACAGAAGAGUAUUUACAUCCUGAUAUGUAUGAGCGAGCAGUUUUGAGGAAAGAGCAUCAGAAAAAGUACGGAGCAACAGUUGAUCUGUGGAGCAUAGGGGUGACUUUCUACCAUGCUGCAACAGGGAGUUUGCCUUUCCGACCCUUUGAAGGACCUCGUAGAAACAAGGAAGUGAUGUAUAAAAUAAUCACUGGAAAGCCUUCUGGUGCUAUUUCUGGAAUACAGAAAGCAGAAAAUGGACCAAUUGAAUGGAGUUGGGAGAUGCCUGUUUCUUGUAGUCUUUCAAAGGGUCUGCAAGUACUGCUCACUCCUGUCCUUGCGAAUAUUCUUGAAGCAGACCAGGAAAAAUGCUGGGGAUUUGACCAGUUCUUUGCAGAGACGAGUGACAUACUGCAUCGAAUAAUAAUCCACAUCUUUUCACUGCAGCAGAUGACCUUACAUAAAGUUUAUAUUCACAGCUAUAAUACAGCUGCUAUAUUUCAUGAGUUGGUCUACAAACAGACAAAAAUACCAUCUCAGAAUCAAGAACUACUGUAUGAAGGUCGGCGUUUAAUACUGGAGCCUGGCAGAUUGGCACAGCACUUCCCCAGAACCACUGAGGAGAAUCCUAUCUUUGUAGUAAGCAGGGAGGCUGUGAACAUUGUCGGAUUAAUCUAUGAAGAAGUUUUACUUCCUAAAGUACAUCAACGUUACGAUUUGGAUGGGGAUGCCAGUAUGGCUAAAGCAGUAACAGGUAUCGUAAAUUAUGCCUGCAGAGUUGCCAGUUCUUUGCUACUUUACCAGGAGCUGAUGAGAAAAGGAAUACGAUGGCUAAUUGAAAUCAUCAAGGAUGAUUACAACGAAAUGGCUCAUAAAAAGACAGAGGUUGCCAUCAGACUGGAUUUCUGCAGCAGAAACAUUGAGAAAGCUGAGAAAAUAUAUGAGAAUUUGAUGCAGAUCAACUUGGAAGCAUCUGAAGUGGAUGAAAUUUCAGAGAUACACACAAAACUGUUGCGUCUCUCCAGCUCUCAGGGCUCAAUAGAAACUAGUCUUCAAGAUAUCAAAAACAAACUUUCUCCUGGUGGUUUACUGGCUGACACCUGGGCAAAUCAGGAAGGCAUGCAUCCAAAAGACAGAAAUCCAGAAAGGCUGCAGGCACUGCUAUGUUCCAUCACAGAUAUUUAUUAUCAGUUCAAAAAAGACAAAGCAGAACGAAGGCUUCCUUAUAAUGAAGAACAAAUUCACAAGUUUGACAAGCAGAAGCUGUAUUUGCAUGCUACAAAAGCCAUAGCGCUGUUCAAAGAUGAAUGUGUCAGCAAGUACGAUAGAUUUUUGGACAAGGCCGAGGACUGGACAAGGAAAAUGCUUCACACGAGGAAGCAGUUACUGGCUCUCACCAACCAGUGUUUUGAUAUUGAAGAAGAGGUAUCCAAAUACCAGGAUUAUAUAAAUGAGUUACAAGAUGCUUUGCCACAGAAAAUGUUUGCAGCUUCCAGUGGGGUGAAACAUACAAUGAACACAGUUUAUCCAAGCUCAAACACAUUAGUGGAAAUGACUCUUGGUAUGAAGAAACUAAAGGAGGAAAUGGAAGGGGUUGUUAAGGAGCUGGCUGAGAACAAUCACAUUUUGGAAAGAUUUGGUGCUUUGACUGUGGAUGGUGGCCUGCGGAAUGUGGACUGUAUCUAGCUUUCAAAGGAGCUGAAGAGGACUUGUAAAUUUUUUCGAAGGGAAAAAAAUACUGUUGGGACAUUUAAAGGCAGAUAAUAAAUCUGCAUCCAGAGGGGUUUUUUUUCCCCUCUACAACUGUAGUAUUGAAAAAUGUAAAUAUGUAUAAUAUGUAAAUAGAAAAGAAAUAUAUAUCUUUUUUUUGGUCAAUGUUAGGAUAGCAUUACUCCUCGCAGGGAAUUUAGCCCCUUGGAAGGAUCUCUGAUGAAGUCCUAAAGGCAAGUGUGGUGUUGAUGAAAUUGACAUUUGUUUGCUUUGAAUAUCGCCCUUUUUUCAGAAUGCAAUUUAGGCUUUAUUGCAAGAGGACUUGCAGGACUCUAAACAUUAUGAAUGGUCUUUAAAGGGUGUUUUGAGUUUCCUUUAACCACCGCUGUUAUUUUGGAGUGUAGCUGAAUGACUCUGAUCAUCACAGAACAUGUUUUAAAUGACAUCUUUUUAAAUAAGUGUGAAUAGGGACUAAAAGCCACAGAUAGGACAGAGUGGAAACACAUUUCUCUAUCCUUCACAACCAAACUGUUGGUUCACUUCUACCUGAGAAAACAAAUUCACAAAAUUUUGUGAAGUUCCUUUCCACAUUUGGUGCCAUGUUGUCUGUAAUCAUUUGACUGCUCUGUAUAUAGAAGUUUUGCACUCCGGGUUGUCAGACUGAAUUUAAACCCUCCUUUUUUAGAGAACAGCAUUUUCAGAAUAUCCCUGAAAUCUUGUUGCUCACCAGAAGAGAAGCGGGUUCUUAAAACAAAAUAGCUUUUUCAGAAUGUUGUUUGCAGACUUAAUUUUUAAAAAAGGUUAAAAAACCUAUUAGGAGAAUUUGCGGGUGGAAAAUUUAAUAAGACCAUGUAUUUAUUUUCCAGUAUCAGUAGUUACUACUUUCAGUACUAUGUGAUUGGGUUGUUUUGGAGCAGACUGUUUCAUUCUGCUUCUCCACAUGUCAGAAAGGAGAAAGAGAAGAGGAAAACAAACAAACAAACACUCAGAAAAUAUCCCUUACUUUGUUUGGAUGCUACAUACAGGUGUGCUUGGUUGUUUCAGACAAAGAGCACGCAAAUAUUGCAGGUUUCUAUGUGGAAACCUGGCCGUGGGUGUCUGGUGGUGUCCAGCAGCACUUCUGGUUGCUGUAUUACAGCCAUAAGCAGAGCUGCACCAACUAUGUACAGAAUUUUCCAUAAAUAAUGGUGAAACAUUUAGGUGUAGACUAAACAGCGAUAAUCUGGGAUAGCACUUCAUAGUUCUGUGGUGCUUAUUCCCUGCUUAUCUAUCCAGGUCAGAAUACAAAACAUUCUCAUUGCAUUUAUUUUUUUUUUUAAUAUUUGAAUAGAAACUUAGGGAAUUUAUAGUCGAUUCUUUCAUUGUUAAAAGAGGAGGAAAUUCACUGCCUUGAUGUCUGAGACCUGCUUUCCAGUGUCUUGGUGAGAAUCAAAUAUUAAAAGGGAAUUCAGAUAUUUUUAUACCCAUGUGAUCGUCUUUCUUUGCAAGCUUUGUCCCCCAGAAAAUCUAGCUAUGCAAAAGGAGUGCAACAGUUUGCUACAUGUUUUUCCUUGGUUGGCCGUGGCAUUCUCAACCGUUUGUUUUAAAAUACUGGAAUCAUGUCUAACUGGAAUGUUUUAAUGCCUGCUGUUCGUUCACGUCCGCAGUCUCACCGAGUGUCAGUGAAAUACACGCGCAAGUGUUAAAAGAAUUGGGCUUUCAAACUCUGCAAAAAUCAUAAUUUUUUCCCCAAUAUUAUGUCUGUAACACUUUGUUGUUUCAAAGGUUCUUAAUUUUGAAAGGAAUCAAGCGUUGGUUGAAAUAGAUAAUUUUCAACUUCUUUAUACUGAAGCAGUCUGAAAAAGUUAAUUGGAGUAACAAUAUAGUAUGUACAUUGAAGUAUGCGUGGCAUUCUUUUACAUGCUUGAAAAUAUUAGAUUUUAUGUUUAGUUAAACAUUGCUGGUUUUAGUGUUGCUAAAUACAUCAGUAAUCUUAAUCUUGUUAAAAUUUCUUUAUCUAAAGCAGUUUUAACUGAGCAGUAGCUAAGGAACUUGAAGUAAUCAGUUCAUACUUUACUGAUUACGUUCUUCUGAAGCAAAUAUCUUUUUCAUGCCAAAGCCUACUGUCUAGAACCAUCAGUUUUUGGCUCAAACUAAGUGUCCUGAUACUGUCAGUCAUACUACCGAUGUGCCAAAAGAAGUAAUAGAAAGUAAUAUAUGAUUCUUCCUCCCGAAGCUGCUUUACUGGUUCUGGGGGGUUUAGCUUGGUAUAUUAAUUAUCUGUUACUUGAACAAGCCUGUCUUCGUAUGAAUUGUGACACUGCAUGAGUGAAUGACUUACCGACAUAAAUACAUCAUCAGCCACUGAUUGUA